AUGGACUGGCAUCAGCGGACAGGAAUCAAGGGUGCCGCUGGGUGCAUUUUUAUCACCGCGAUCGCUGCAUCCUGUGUCGCAACUAUAGGUGCUUUCAGCCAGAGUCAAGACAGUGAAUUAACCUUUCUCUUACCAGCAGGAAGAAGCGAGUGUUUCUUCCAAACGGCACCGAAAAACGGCACCAUGGAGGUGGAGUUCCAGGUUGUAGCUGGAGCAGGUAUGGACGUUGACUUCUCCAUACUUUCUCCUCAAGGAUUCCACCUGGUCUCAGAGUACCGGCGCUCAGAUGGCGUUCACAUGGUGGAGCCAACGGAAGAAGGAGACUACCAGAUCUGCUUUGACAACAGUUUCAGUCGAUUCUCAGAGAAGAUGGUCUUCUUCGAGGUCAUCCUGGACUUACCGGCCAAUGAUGCGGGAGCUGACGAUGAAUGGGCGGGACUAGGAGAACCUGAGAACCUAUUAGAAUAUAAACUGGAGGACAUUAGGGAGUCCAUCGAAUCGGUGCACCGGCGGCUGGAGCGGAGCCGUCAGAUGCAGGCGGUGCUGCGGGCGUUCGAGGCCCGGGACCGGAACCUUCUGGAAGAUAACCUGUGGAAGGUCUCCUUCUGGUCGUGUGCCAACCUGCUGGUGAUGGUGGGCGUGGCCUUCACACAGGUGUACUCCCUCAGACGCCUGUUCGACGACAAGAGGAGGGUGUAUACUUAA